AUGGCAGAACUCCCGAUAAUUGACAUGUCGUACGACUGCGAUGUAUACGAACCAGCUGAAGAUACUUUUCUAUUUGUGGAUGCGUUGCAAGCUGAACUACCUCAACUAGUAGCACUAGACCCUACAAUCUGCGUCGAGAUUGGUUGUGGUAGUGGUGCAGUGUUUGUGUAUUUGGCAACCCAGUUGCAGCAAUUGGGAGUACAGUCAAUGUUUCUAGCGACCGACAUCAAUCGAUUGGCAACAAGUGUGGCACAACAAACGGCAAUGAAUAACGGAGCUCAGACGUUUGAUCUCGUGCGCACAGACCUGUUGCAAUGCUACGAACAUCGGAUACAGGGUUUAGUUGAUGUGUUAUUGUUUAAUCCACCGUACGUGCCAACACCGUCGAAGGAAGUUGGAUCAAUGGGUAUUGAAGCUGCUUGGGCAGGAGGUCGUCACGGUCGUCAAGUGAUUAAUCGAUUGCUGCCAAAACUCAAGAAUCUCUUAUCUCCUCAAGGAAUCUUCUACAUGGUUGUCAUAGCAGAGAACAAACCCAACGAGAUUGCUACAAUUCUAUCCAAGGACGAGUUUCAAAUGACGGUCAUUUGCACAGCAAAAGCUCAGAACGAGCGACUGUCGAUUCUUAAAUUUACGAGAAAACUGAUGGAGAAGUAA